AUGGAAAAGGGAAAGGGAAAGGCGUCACCAAUCCUCCUCAGUGAGCCUCCAAUCUGCGCUGCCCAUGAUUGGACAAACGCAGAAAGGUUUCUCGACCGCUUUGAAGAACUCCCUUUCCAUGAAAAGCUACAGUUUGAAGACGAGGUCAGCGAGGCGUUUGUAAAGUCAGAACACUUGCCUGGAUUUGAGAACGCGAUCGAAGAACGGAUGAUGCUUUUCAACCGCGCCUUGCAGGAUGCCAGAUCUUUUCGAGCUGCCUUGAGGAGGGGCUCGAUUGGCGGCACGAGGCUAAAUCUCCUGAGAGAAGCGGUCUACACAAGAUUUGCAGAAGCAAUGAAUGAAUUUGAACGCUGGACAGGUGACGUCUCACAAGUUCCCGGAGUCUUGCACUUCGAUACCAAAGAGGACGUCCAGGAUCUUCUCGACGCUUUUCGCAACCGCGGAUACAAAGAGCUCGAUACCGCGUCUAACUAUCUCGGAUCCGAAGUUCGCUUAGGCCGUGCUGGAGCCGGUGCUCAUUUUACAAUUCACACCAAGGUCCGAAGCUGGGGUGAUGGAGACCUGGAGCCGGCAAAGAUCGAGCAAAGCAUCGCGCAGUCUCUCGAUGAGCUCCAAGUCUCGUCAGUCGAGACCAUGUUUCUGCAUGUCCCCGAUCGCAAGACUCCCAUUCAGGAUACCGCCAAUACAAUGAAUGAAGCCUUCCUUCAAGGGAAAUUCAAAAAGCUUGGCCUGUCCAACUAUGCUCCAGCGGAAGUUCAAGAAUACCUCGAUAUCUGCGAGCGGGAAGGCUGUGUCAAACCCCGUGUCUAUGAAGGACACUACAACCCCAUUGUCCGUGGCGGAGAGAAGGAGCUUUUCCCACUUCUUCGAAGGAACAACAUUUCCUUCUUUGCUUACAGCCCGGCCGCGGCAGGCCUUCUCUCGGGACAUGCCGACACGUCGAGGCGCUGGAAGGCCGAUAACACUAUUGGAAAUAUAUAUAGCUCCCAUUACGGUAGCUUGAAUAUCCCAGGUGCCAUAGACACCGUUCGGUCUUCUGCUGAGAAAUACGGCAUUACGGGCCAUGCGGCCGCCAUCCGAUGGACAGCUUUCCACGGUGUUUUGGAUGGAGAAUAUGGGGAUGCUCUGAUUUUUGGGGUCUCUAAACUGGAACAACUUCACAAGACCCUGGAUGCUCUUGAAGAAGGCCCUCUUCCCGCCGAACUUGCUGACGCAAUCAGUGCUGUCUAUGCUACCUUGGGAGAUACAGCUCCUCCAUUUCAUAUGUAG